GGUAAAAAAAUGUUGUGCGAUAAGUUGAGGACGGGUUGAACGCAUGGUCUCUCUUUGAAUGAGAGUUGUCCACUGAUUCGCCCGAUUCGCUCGAUUUGCCUUGGCUCGAGAGCAAACGACAUGAUAUCGAACCGAUACCGCUUGAACCGAUUGGGGGUGCUUCGUCUGCUGGGUACAUGCUGUACUUUUUUCUGUACUUUUUUCUGUAUACCUUGCAGGUUGCAGGCCUCCAUUUCGAUGAUCGGGUGCCAUCACGAUCCAAUCGUUCAUCCAUAAAGUCUUACUUGGAUUGCUGGGAUCUAUCCAGGAAGAAUGAGGCCAAAGUGUUUCACUUACAUACCCCGAAGGUUGCAGGUUGUUCUGUUGUGAAGGAUCUCAGCGAUAUGGUGGGUCGUGAGCAGGUCUUCACAGACGAGGUGUGCUUUUCAUAUUCGUCGCAGGGGAACUAUGAAAGUAGCGUUGUAAUGGUCAGGGAGCCUCGUAACCAUGUCUAUUCAAUGUACCAAUUUUGUCACCUUGCCAGCGAUCCAGGCUACAGACUUUUGGUUGGGAAAAAACAAGGCUUGAAAGGCCAAGAGAAGUACAAUUUGGCCGAGUCCUUUGAUGCUUGGAUCAAUGAAUGGCACGAAAACCCUCGUUGGGGUGAUUAUGAUAUCUACGACGAUGAUGAAUUUUGCUAUUGUCCUUACAACAUGCAAAGCUCUCGACUGGCCUGCAAUAGCAAAAAGACGGCAAAAUAUUGCCAUAAGAAUGCAGACUUCGCGAUUGCCAUGCAGAACCUGAAGAGCGCGACCAUCCUUGGAGUGGUUGAAGCUUAUCACGAAUCGGUUUGUUUAUUUUCUGCUCGCUUGACGGGUUCAUUACCUGAGCAUUGUGACUGCGAGAGCGCUGCAUGGAAUGCUUACCUGGAGACGCACGUUUCUCACCGUGAGGAUGCAGCUGCUGAGGCGUACGGCUCAAUAAAGGACGUGCCCACGGAUGUCAUUCACAAAGUUGACGACAUGACGAAAGAGGAUCGGAUCCUGUACCAGGCAGCCGUGCGCCGGUUUACAGAAGACAUCAAAGAAGUUGAGCUGCGCUUUGGAAAGAGGAUUCUUUGCAACUCAGAAUUGCAAAGACUGCAAAACAAAACAACUUACAAGACACCUGAAUGACUCGGCCAGAAACAGA